UAAAAGAGCAUAUUACUCUAUCAAUCUAACAUUUCAUGAAAAGGAAACAAAAUUGAUUGAGAUUUGCGCAAUUCGCUUCGAUCCUUACUUGAAUUCGCUCCACUUUAUGCCGCGCUUCGAUGCUCGAAGCUGUUUUCUCUUUCAAAAUUGAAGAUUCUGAAGAAUGAGGGCAUCGAACGAAGCUUCCACCAGCAUUGAGCUGGCGAACAGUUUAUUUCGAGGCCGAUCUGAGGUGACACUUGAUUUAAUUGCUGCGGUCAAGGGACUGCAUGAGCUUAGUCCUCAACAGCUUGGCAAACUAAUCAAAGAUUCUGGGAACAAUGUGGUCAGGCACAUUGCUGAGGAUGGAUCAUGUAUACAGGUUGACUUGGAAAAAUUUGCAAGGUAUCUUCCUCUUCAUCUUAUUGCAGUGAUUAUGGCUUGGGAAAGGGACAAAUCAACAUUCAAGUAUUUGUUAUGUGGAAUUCUUCUCUUGCACUCCAUGUGUGAUCUUGCCUCUCGGGUACCCAAAAUUGAGCAGAUAUUGCUUGAUGAUGUGAAGAUAUCAGAACAGCUAAUUGACCUGGUCUUUUAUCUGCUAGUUCUCCUUGGUGCAUACAAACAGGAAACUCACACCAUUCCCAAUGACAUGGUUCUUCUUCAUUCAGCUCUGGUUGCUUGCAGUCUAAAAUUGUUGACAGUCAUUGUUUCUCCACAGUACCAAGAGGUUGCUCAAGUUUUGACUGCAUAUUACAAGGUGGACAUAUUCAUGGAGGCAGCAUUCUCUGCUGUUUGUGUUGAUGUCAAGUUUCUGCAGACCAAACUGUCUGCUCAACAUGGCGAUUCAUCUGGAAGUGCUUCCCCUACUGCUGAAGAGACCUUGAAUCACCUUUGCCAGCAGUGUGAUUCUUCUCUUCAAUUUCUACAGUCCCUGUGUCAGCAAAAGUUGUUUCGGGAAUGCGUUGUUAAGAACAAGGAGUUAUGUGGCAAUGGUGGUGUUCUUGUUCUGGUUCAGGCCGUCAUGAACUUAAAGUUAUCAGGCUCAGACAAUACCUCCUCGUACUUGGCUGCUACCUCUCGUCUAAAAUCUAAAGCUUUAUCUAUUCUUUUGCACCUUUGUGAAGCAGAAAGUGUAUCCUACCUUGAUGAGGUGGCCAGCAAUACUGCUAGUCAGGAUUUGGCAAAGUCUGUCGGACUCGAGGUUCUUGACUUGCUGAAAAAACUGUUUGGUAUAGAUUCCACACAGUUAAAUGCUCCCUCUGAGGUAAGCUACCCAAAGGGGCAACUGGAACUUAAUGCAAUGCGCCUGGCAGAUGUUUUCUCAGAUGAUUCAAAUUUUCGAUCGUUCAUCAUGAUAAAUUUUAGGGAAGCUUUAGCAGCAAUCUUUCUACUCCCUCAUGGAGAGUUUGUAUCUGGCUGGUGCUCAUCUGAUCUUCUAGUUUCUGAAGAGGAUGCGCCAUUAGAUGUUCCUCGGUCGUCUUAUGCCCAUCAGAGAACGUCUUUGUUGAUUAAAGUGAUUGCAAACCUUCAUUGCUUUAAUCCUGAUGUAUGCCAGGAUGAGAAAGAUCUGUUUCUCAACAAGUUCAUUCAGUUCAUACAGAAUGACUAUCAGAAACUGUCAGAUGGGUUCCUCUCUACUUCCGAAGCUGACAAAGUUUCCACAGUUAGCAAGAACUUAUGUUCACUGUUAAGUCAUGCAGAAUCUUUAGUUCCAGAAUUUUUGAAUGAAGAUGAUGUACAGCUGCUGAGGUUAUUUAUAAGUCAAUUUGAGUCGCGGAUCGUUCGUGCUGCAUCUGAAGGUCAUCUGGUCAAUGAUGAGAAAAAUGCAGUGGUGUAUUCUUUACCCUUACACAGAGAAAUAAGCCCAGGUCAUGGAAAUAAUGUUGUCAACAUGGGACAGGGCACACUGAACCUUGGUUUCCGAGAAGUGGAUCAAUUUGAUGCAACCAGGAAUGGGGAUGAGCAAUUUUUUGAUAGGAAGAACUCUGGGAUGAUGGAGCAGGACAAAUCCAAUGGGGCCUCUGUAAAUUCGCGAGAUAAUGAGAAAGAUGCUCAAGCUUUUGAUACAAGUGGGUCAGAUUCCAGCCCCACACGAGGAAAGAUCCACUUUGAUCAAAUGGGUGUUGAUCGUAUCAAGCGACAUAGCUUUGACGAAACUGCUGAAGAGGAAAAAAUCGAUCCUCUACAUUCUGAAGAGAAGCAGCAAAGGAAACGCAAGAGAACUGUAAUGAAUGAUAAACAGAUAGCUCUUAUUGAAUCUGCACUUAUAGAUGAACCUGAUAUGCACCGCAAUGCACCUGUACUACGGUUGUGGGCUGAUAAAUUGAGUAUUCAUGGUGCCGAGGUUACAACUUCAAGGCUAAAAAAUUGGCUGAAUAAUCGGAAAGCUAGGCUGGCACGUGCAGCUAAAGAUGCCCGUGUAUCAUAUGAUGGAGACAGUGCUGACAGACUAGGAAUCUCUGGGCAACUUGACUCACCCCGGAGCUCUAUGGAUGAUGCCCAUAUCUCAUUUUCUGCAAGAGGGAACAUUGCUGAUGAGGUUACCAACAUUGCAGUAGUAGCUAAUGCGGACGAAGACUUGGGGACUCCAUGUGCUGCACCUAUGGAUAUUGAGGUUACAGACAUUGAAGUGGUAGCUAAUACGGACGAAGACUUGGGGACUUCACGUGCUGCACCUAUGGAUAUUGAGGUUCCAGACAUUGAAGUGGUAGCUGAAACGGACGAAGACUUGGGGACUUCACGUGCUGCACCUACGGAUAUUGCAACACCAAGCUUGUCCUUCGGACUGGGGCAAUAUGUAAUGCUUGUUGACGAGAGAGGGGGGGAGGUUGGGAAAGGUGUAGUGUUUCAAAUUAGUGGACAAUGGUGUGGGAAAAGCUUGUAUAAUUCUGGCAUGUGCGUUGUGGACAUCAAGGAACUCUCAGUCGACAAAAGUUCCAACGUUCUACACCCUGUGGAGGGCACAUGCGACUCAUUUUAUCAGACUGAAGAAAGAUUUGGUUUGAUACGAGUCUUGUGGGAUGUGAACAAAGUCUUUCUCUACUUUCAGCCCGGGGAAUACGUGAUGCUUCGGGGCGAUAAACAACAGGAGAUUGGGAAGGGCACGGUUUUUCAAGCACGUGGGUAUUGGAAUGGGGUGUAUUUGGAACAAUCUGGGAUGUGCGUGGUUGACAUCAAGAAAUUAUCAAUCGAUAGAUUUGCUGACCUUCCGCAUCCAGUGGAAGCAACGGGCAACUCGUUCUAUCAGUCUCAGAAAAGGAUUGGUGUGAUGAGAGUUCUGUGGGAUUCAAACAAACUCUCCCGGUUGCAAGCUUACAAACGGGCUCAUGCUUGAUAGUAUCUGUUGGGUUCAUCUUGUUUGUCAAGUUCGAAAUUUGAAGGCAAGCAAAUGUAGUAACUGUAACUAUUGUGAAGUGCUACUGUUGCUGAUAGUAUAACAUGGAGGUUAUUUUGUUGUUGUUAA